UUAGAGAUAAUUUAUAGAGAAACUUAUGUUUGUAUAGUACACGUCAAAAAUGCAAUAUUGCUACUUUUUAUUUUAAAAUCUGAGGAGAAUUUUUGAAUAUAAUAUAAAUUAUUGCCUGCUAAUUGGAUUGAUUUGAAGCACUUAUGACGAAUUUUGUCAGCAUAAAUUGAUAGCAUAUAUUUUCAAAAAAUAAAAUGGAUAAUAGUCAUGCAGAAUCGAGUAAAAAAUCAUGGACAGAAUUAAAAGAGCUCGUUUCAGACAUAAGGAAGCAAGUCGCCGCAAUUUCCACUGUAAUACCCAGUAAUAUACAAUUUCGAAUGCUGCCUGAUGGUCGGACAAGAAUAUAUUUUUUAGGAUCCACACAAAAUUGUCGUGAAACAACUUUAUUGUACACAGAUGUAGAAAAUACUUUACAAGUGAAGCAACAUAAAUUGAAAUUGAACCAAUUAUUAGAGCAAAAGCAUUUUACAAUGACAAAAGUACAUUCUGUAGAAGAGCAGUUAUUAUUUGAAAGGCAAAGACUAGCUACUUGGGGAUUAACGUCUUAUGAAUUGCAUAAAGCAUCUGGAAGAAUAGUGUUUCCAGCAAAUGGUAACAUAUAUCAUAGUAUUGACACGGGAUUAACAAUGGAUCCUCCGCUACCCUUGUUUCCGUCUGAAAUGAGAACAACUGCUCUUGGUGCUUGUCUUUUACCUCAAAUUUGCCCUAGUAAUUAUCAAUUAGUUGCAUUUGUAGCCUGUGGUGAUAUUUGGGUAUCUCAUAGUGAAGGUGCAUCAACACGAUUGACUUUUGCACAUAAUGGAAAACCGAAUAUUGCAGAUGAUCCACGUUCAGCUGGAAUACCAUCUUAUGUUUUACAAGAAGAAUUUAACAGAUAUCAAGGGUAUUGGUGGCAACCGGAAUCAAAUGAUGGAAUUUAUAGAAUUCUCUAUGAAGAAGUUGAUGAAAGUGACGUUUCAAUUUAUACUUUACCUUCAUCUAAUACUGGGAUUGAAGAUGUGGAACAGUUUCGUUUUCCUCGAGCAGGAAAGGCUAAUGCAAAGUCUGAAUUGAAAAUUGUUCAAUUUAGAAUAUCACAAAAUAAUGAAGUUUUUGAUAUAAAGAUUAAAAAGAUGAAGAAUUCCUUAUCAUAUUUUUUUCCGUGGGUUGAAUAUCUUGUGAGAAUGGGGUGGACACCUGAUUCUGAACAUAUUUGGAUUCAAAUUCUGAAUAGAAGACAGCAAAAAUUAAUUCUAUUAUUGGUACACAUAAGUGAUUUUAUUUUAAGUGGUGAACAACAUGAUGGCAAUGAAGAUACAAGUUCGGUUAAUGAGGAAAUGAUAGAUCAACGACCAUUACAGGUCAUUUAUCAAGAAACUUCUAAAACCUGGAUCAACAUACACGAUCUUCUACAAUUUGUUGAAAUGACUGAAAACAAAGUUUCUUUUAUUUGGGCAUCUGAAAAAUCUGGCUUCAGACAUUUGUAUUACGUUACAGCCAGCAUUGGUGCACAUGUCAAUGGCACAACAAUGGAAGUAGAUGAUAAUAAUAUAACACAUUUACUCAAUUGGACCAAGGUAAUAAAUGAGACACAAUUGACAUUUGGAGAAUGGGAAGUUUUACAAAAGAAUAUGUAUGUUGAUGCUUCAAGGCAUUUAAUUUAUUUUACUGGUUUUCGUGAAAGUCCUUUAGAGAAACAUCUAUAUGUUGUUUGUUGGGAUCAGCCAGGAUACAUUCGUUUGCUUACAAAUCCUAAUCAUUCUUAUUCAGUUGAUAUAAACAAGAAUUGUACACUUAUGGUGCAGACUUACAGUAAUACAGGAACAUUACCUAGUUGUGAAGUGCUAAGAAUUGUACAUACUGAAGCUGAAAAAGCUGUCGAUGGUAUCAAUUUGAUCUCAUUAGGUUUACUAUUGGAAGGAUGUCCAAUAAAUGGCAUGAUAAAUAGUCCUCAAAUAUAUAGCCCAAAAUUAUCAACAGGUGAAACGCUAUAUGCAAUGGUAUUUAAACCUCAAAAUUUUAAACCAGGCCAAAAAUAUCCAACUGUGUUAAAUGUGUAUGGUGGACCUGAAGUACAAACUGUGAAUAAUACAUUUAAAGGUAUACGACAGCUUAGAAUGCAUAUGUUAGCUGCAAAAGGUUUCUGUGUUGUAUCUAUUGAUUCCAGAGGAUCCCAACAUCGAGGAGUAGCAUUUGAAAGUCAUUUGCAUCUUCGCAUGGGAACUGUUGAAUUAAAGGAUCAAGUAGAAAUUUUAAAUAAUCUUGCCCAAGAAUUAGGCUUUAUAGAUACUUCUAGAGUUGCAAUCCAUGGCUGGUCAUAUGGUGGAUAUCUCAGUUUAAUGGGCUUGAUUCAUUACCCACAUGUAUUUAAUUUAGCGAUUGCAGGUGCUCCAGUCACUUGUUGGGAACUUUAUGAUACUGGAUACACAGAAAGAUAUAUGGAUUUACCAGAUAAUAAUCGUGAGGGUUAUCAGUAUGGAUCUGUAUUAUCAUAUCUAAACAAAUUUCCUGAUGAAGAGCAUAGGUUAUUAAUAAUUCAUGGUAUGAUUGAUGAGAAUGUCCAUUUUCUUCAUACCAAACAAUUAGUAAUGGGGCUUGUGCAAGCAUGUAAACCGCAUGAAUUACAAGUCUAUCCUAAUGAAAGACAUUCAUUGAGAAAUAUUGAUGCUAGCAAACAUUAUGAAACUAAAUUACUUGCAUUUUUACAAAAUUACUUGUGAGCUAUUUCGAUCUAUUUAUUUUAUAAAUAACAUACAUAAAUCACUUUGUUUGCUCAUUUUUGUGCAUUACUUUAUAUCAUUGACUUUUCACACAUUUAUAAAAUAUAAGAAGAUAUUUAUAGGUUCUGAAGUAUUUAC